GUAAAUGAGGCCUUACUGUUGGCCUGUUGCCUUACUGUCUUUAAUCUGUCUAUAAUUUAUGUAGAUGCAUAUUUCAGCACAAAAUAAGUUUUAUAUAUUUUUUUUUAUCGUCUGUAAAAAAGAAAAAAUUAAUUAAUUAAUUAGUGACGCAUUGAAUGCAAUUGAACGAUGUCUUCAUGUGUAGAAAUAAUUGACGAUAUUGAAGAUUUGAUAUCGUCCCAAGACAUAACCCCAAAGGAAAGAUAUAGUUCAAGAAAAAACGUGACAAUAAGAUCAAAGCCAAAAACACAACAUAUAAAUGGAAAUGUCGUUGAGAAACCGGAAAUUUUAGCUAGUGUCGUUCCUGGUACCCAAACGAUUUAUGUUAAGACUUGGGGAUGCACUCAUAACAGUUCAGACAGUGAAUACAUGGCGGGUCAGCUGACUGCUUACGGUUACAAUUUAACGGAUUGUCAAGAAAAAGCUGAUCUUUGGUUAUUAAACUCCUGCACUGUCAAAGCACCUUCUGAAGAUCAUUUUCGUAAUGAAAUUGAAAGUGGAAAAAAAGCAGGAAAACACGUUGUUCUAGCCGGAUGUGUACCUCAAGGAGCGCCAAAGACUAAAUUUCUUCAAGGUAUGAGUGUCAUUGGAGUCCAACAAAUUGAUCGGGUUGUUGAAGUUGUUGAAGAAACAUUAAAAGGCAAUACAGUGCGGUUCCUAGGUCAAAAAAAAGUAUCAGGAAAAAAAAUUGGAGGUGCGCCAUUGUCGUUGCCGAAAGUUCGCAGAAAUCCGCUGAUCGAAAUAGUUGCAAUAAACACUGGGUGUUUAAACCAAUGCACUUAUUGCAAAACAAAACAUGCUAGAGGUGAAUUAGGAAGUUAUCCACCAGAACAAAUUAUUGAGAGAGCAAAACAAGCAUUUGACGAAGGUGUUUGUGAGCUUUGGCUCACAUCAGAAGAUACGGGUGCAUAUGGUCGAGAUAUUGGCACAAGUUUACCAGAACUUCUUUGGAAAUUAGUUGACAUUAUUCCUAAUGACUGUAUGAUGAGGAUAGGCAUGACGAACCCACCCUAUAUACUUGAGCAUCUAGAUGAAAUUAGUAAAAUUCUCAAGCAUCCGAGAGUUUACAGUUUUCUUCAUGUUCCAGUACAAUCAGGCAGUGAUCAAGUCUUGAAUGACAUGAAAAGAGAAUAUUUAAGAUCUGAUUUUGAAAAGGUUGUGGACUUUUUACAGGAUAAAGUUCCUGGUGUCACUAUUGCUACUGACAUUAUUUGUGGGUUUCCAACGGAAACUGCAGAUAAUUUUGAAGAUACAAUGAGUUUGUGUAAAAAGUACAAAUUCCCAUCUCUUUUUAUUAAUCAAUUCUUUCCAAGACCUGGUACACCUGCUGCAAAAAUGGUGAAAGUUCCAACUCAACAAGUAAAACAAAGAACGAAAAAAUUAUCUGAUUUUUUCCAGAGUUAUGAACCUUAUAGACACAAAGUUGGAGAAAUACAGAUGGUAUUAGUUACUGAGAUUUCUCAUGAUCAAAAGCACUUUGUUGGUCAUAAUAAGUAUUAUGAACAAGUAUUAGUUCCUAUGAAAAAAGAACUUAUGGGGAAAAUGAUUACUGUUGAAAUUGUCGAAGCUUCAAAACACUCUAUGAAAGGCGAGAUUAUUUCAAUUGGUAAAACAUUACAAAAUGACAUAAUCUCAACGACUCUAAAAGAAUCGCAAUGCUGGAAAUAUAAAAUAUUUACUUUUAUAGUUAUUUUCGUUGCUAUUUUUCUACGAAUAUUAUGGAAAUUGUUUUAUAUUUAAUGUUUAGAGAUAAGAGUUUUUUAAAUACACAUGCAAUGUAUAAAAUUAUCCUUGAUUCGUACUGGAUAGAAUUAUUACUUGAGUUCCAUACGUUUAAAUUAUUUCAGGUGCGUCUGUAUCUCGAGAUCUGACCUACUAGGGUAGGUAUAUUAUAAGCUUAUUAGACGGUUCCAUGGUCACUUGUUAUUUUUGUUUAUAUUUUUUCAUGAACUCUUUGCACAUAAUAAUGUGACAAGUCAAAUUAUAACUACUUAAUAAUUAAAAUUACCAAUCUUUACAUUUAGUUUUUUUUAUUAAGUUUGAAUGAAUUGUUACAUUAUGUUGCUACUUGAAAUUAUUUAUACCUACUUUAAUUUUGUACAUUUGAGUUUUUUCUCUAUUUGAUGAUAAAUGAAUAUCAUUGCAAUGAUGAGAAAGUUUAUUCAUACGAAAAAUUAUAAAAAAAACUUAAAAUUUGAGAUCUUAGAUCAUGUUUAUCACAGCUAAUAUUAGGAACUUUAUUAUCUUCUAUGGCACUUAAAAUAUAAGACAACAAAUGGACAGUUAAAUCUUCUUUGUACAUAGUAUAAAGUAUCAAGUUUUCAGCUAUAGCUAUUCGGUUUUAGCAACUUUAAUCUGCUUUUUAAUUCUAUUAAUUUGGUGAUAUAUAAGUGGUUAAAUUCAAAAUACAACAUCUCAGUUCACUAAUAUAUAAUUCAAGUAAAUCAAUCUAAAAAGUACUGAUUGUACAAGUGUUACUAAAAAGAAUCACAAACAAUUAUACAAUAAAAUCAACAUAAAUUAUGAUAAUAAUGUCAAUUUACUUUAGUAAUAUUUACCUUUUGCUAACAUCAUUUAACUUUUUGUUGUGAAGUUUUAUUCUUUAACACCUUUCUUGUUGCAAUAGUUGGUGGAGGUUUUUGAUACUUCUGGGAUUCUAAUUUUAUAACACAAGACAUGCACUUUAAACGUGAUUGACCAGUAUCUUAUUCAAAACUAGAAACAAUUGCAAUUAUUGUAUAUACCUUUACAAACUUUAUCAAAAAUAAAUCGAAAACGCAAACAUAUAAAGACAAUAAUAAUAUGUUUUGAGAUUCAGUUGUUACAUUAUAUAACAUUAGAUUCAUCAUGGUACUUUAUCAUUUUCUUUCAUUGUCUCGUUGCCACCUUGUGAUAUCGUAUGAUUUGGAGUUGAACAGAUGCCUAAAGAUAUAGGAAUAGCUUUACGUUUCAAUCGUUAUUCUCUCCGAUUUUUGGCCGCAUUUUUUCCGAUUUUUUGGUAAAUAAUUUUUCUCUCGGCUCCGAUUUUUCUUUAAAAUUUUACUUCAAAGCACAAUUGUUAGUAGAAACGUUAAAAAAACUACGUUAUCGUAAAAAUCUCUAAAAUAAUUUAAAGCUCUUUCAAUAAGUAUUAAAAUAUGAUGAAUAUAAAGUAUCUAUCUCAAAAAUUUAAAAAGUUAUAAUGGAUUUUAUGAAUGAUGAUGAUCAGCUUAUUGACUAAGACUCAACAACAGAUAAAUAGUUACCUGUUAACGAAAUGAGCGCUCUUUCAGUAGCAGUCUGAUCGCUGUUAAAUAGAGCCUCUAACUCGAAUAUAAAAGAAUAAAUUAGAUAAAAAUCCUUGAAAGAAAUUAACUUAUAAAAUAAUUCUAACACGUUAAAAAAUCCUAAACUAGGUUUUUCUACAUACAGAAAUUGAACAUUUUGAGGUUAUAAAUUGAUAAACAAGCUUCCGUUUCGGCAACAAAGAAACUACAAUUCGUACUAAUUUUGUACGCAUUUCAAUAGAAAAAUUUUUAAUUAUUUGAAUUUUUUUACCUAUUGCCUACGUUUAAUCUACUGACAUUAACUUUUGAAUUUUCUCGCAAUGCCGUUAUGUUACUGUCGAUUUUAUUUGAAAAUAAUAAUAUUCGUAACAAAAAGUUUGGUAUGGAAAUGCUGCUGAACUGUUAUAUUUUUGCUAAAGAAAUGCGUACGAAUUGAGUAUUUACGAAUCACUAUUUUUUUUGCUAUUAAAAUGUUUACGAAAUGAGCACGAAUUGUUAUUCCUUUGUUGAAGAAAUGCGUUCCACGAAAACUUGUUAAUCAAUCAGACGGUAGAACUCAUUUAUAAUCUCAAAAUAUUCAAUUCCUAAAUCAGCAAUUGAUUCGUAAUAAAAUCUAGUUUAGGAUUUUUUAACGUGUUAGAAUUGUAAAAUUUUUUUUGUUUCAAGGAUGUUUAUCUAAUUUAUUUACUUAUAUUUUAAUUACAGGCUCUAUAAUUAUCUUUCAGUUUUUCUAUUGAACAGCGAUAAGACUGCUAUUGAAAUAGUGCUCAUUUCAAUCGAUCAAGUCUUCCGCCAGGGUUAAUCAAUUGGAAAAUUGAUUGAAAUUUCUUGGGAUCUUUUUUUUUUUUUGUUUUUCUAAUAGGUAAUAAAAAAGCAAAAAAAGUACAUGUGAAAAAAAUUUUUAAAAUUUAAACAAAAGCAGAAUUUUGGAAUUUGACAUUUUUACACAUGAGUUAUACUUUGUAAGCGGAUUUUGGAAAAUUUUUUUUAUAAAAGGAAUGCACCCAAGGACCUUUUAAAUUAUUAUCCUUGGGAAAAAAAAUGGCAAAAAUUAUGUUCUUUUUAUAUAUACCGUAUUUAAUUUCAAUGAGACUCUUGAAAAAAUUACUUUUUGAUAGCAUAACUAUAAUCAUUUAUCAUUUCAGUAUUAUUAGUAUCAGUGUUGAAAAAAAACCUCAAAUGGUCGUGUUACAGGUAUCAAUAUUUUACAUUCACUUUUUGUUUCAACAAACUAUUUUCAUCAACCAGUUGUUUAUAUUUUUUGCAAUACUUAUUUUUAUUGUUAUCAAUAUUAUUAUUUACGAUUUGUGCAUGUUGUAGAAAUUUUGGUACACAUUUGUUAACAACAUGAUACAAUAAAUUCUUAAUUACAGUCAAGCUUUUAGUAGUAAAUUUCUCUAAAAUUUGUAUUUAUAGAUUUUUAUACUAUGAUAAUCACAAAUAUGUUCGCCUUAUUCGUUUAUCUUCAAUGUUUAAUACGUGGAGUACUAAAUAUUUACUUAGCAAAAUGAUAAGUAAUGAAUAAUAAACUUUUAUGACUUUCAUGAGUGUUGCAGAAGUCGAAUUAUUAAACUGUCUGUACUUUCUAAGCAUUAAUAUUGUUCAUAUAACUAGAAAAUAAAUAUGGUUUAUGGUGAAAAUUCUUCGUAAAUGACAACUUAUUUUAUUUUUAAAAGCUUUUUUUCAUUUAAUUGUAGUUUAAACACAUUGGAAUCCUUAACACACAGAUGUAAUAUUAUUAUUAUUAUUUUGAACUUCAAUUCUGUUUCAGAAAGAUUGUUUUUCGUACUGAUUAUUCAAAUAUAGCUUCAAUUUGUUUUUUUAUUUUAUUUUAUUUUAAUAUAAUACUGAUAUUAGAAGAGAAAAAAUAUUGCAGGUUCUUGUUGAUAUGAUUGUAAAUUCAUAACGGUAAAUCAAAGAUUCCAAUAAGUAUAUAGUGAGUAAGUAAAGAAAAAAAAGAUAAAUUUAAUUUUUUGGAACAAUCAAAAGUAAUCGAAAGUAAAUAUCUAUUAUACAUAAAUAAAUGGUUAUUUAUAAUUGAAAAUUUCAAUGAUGAAUGUCACUCACGAAUGAUUGCAAUUUAACAAUAUAUGUAAUGUUUGUAUCAUCGAUUUUUCAUGGUUUUUUUUUUCCAAAUUGCAUUGUAACUUACAUCUUGGUUUGAUGUAACUAAAUCUAAAAAACAUUAUUGUACUUAAAACUUAAUUCACGCAUAAUUGAAAAUCAGAAAUAAUUUUUUUAUUAUUUAUUUAUCUAUUUUUUUCUUUCAUCUAAAGUUAUAUUAUAUCAUUUUCAUUUUUCAAAAUUUUAAAUAUUCAUCAUAUUUUUUAGCAUUGCAUUGAUAUAGAACUUUCUUCUUAGGGCACUUCAGCUUAUUUUAGUAGCUUAGAUUUCCAAUUAAUUUUAUUACUUGUAAUAAUUAGAGCCAAAAAAGUAAAAACAUGUGAUAAUUAUUUAUAAAUAGUACAUAAAAAAAAAAGAAACUAAAAUUAAAAAAAAAAUUAGACACCACCAUUUUGAGGGUCUCAAUUUUCGAAAGUUCUUACGAUGUACAUUAUUUUCAAAACAUUCAAAGUUCUUAUUAUGCGAUCAUGCAGUUAUACAUAUGAAUUCUAAUUUAUUUCAUCUUUUUCAAUUUUUCAGUAUGCAACAGAAAAAAAGUUCAACUUGUAAAUCGAAAGUAUAUUUUUUUUUCUCUAAAUAAGCGUAAUUAUCUUUUCUUUUACCACCAUCCAAGAAUCGUUAAUUCUCAACUAUUAUAAUUAUAACAUUAUUAUUAUUAUCAUUAUUAUUAUUAUUUAUUUAUUUUUGCCUAAGAAAUGUGAAGAAAGUGAUCAAGAAUUUUAAAAUGCUAACAUCAAUGGGGAAAAAAAUCCAUUACUGAUUCUUGGAUGAUAAUCAAAGUCUUAUGUUACAACGUUCAAUAAUCAAUUCAGACUGAGUACGUUCGUACGUUCAGAGUACGUUCGUUUUCUUGAACAAAGCGAUGCAUUUAUAUUAAAACGACAUUAAUUGAUAAUGAACAGAUAGUAAAGUGAGAAACUGAAUCCUGCUCGCAUUAUUUAAUCGCUAUGAUACUCAAUAAUUAUCGAUUAUCCAUCUUAAAAUUAAAUACACGAUUAAACAAAUAAAUUCAGAAAUAAUAAUUGAAGUUAAAGCCGCAUUUUUAUAAACUUGUGGUGGCCAAUUUAAUACUUUUCUAAAUGUUUUUUAUUUGACUUUUUUUGAUAUACAUAUAUUUAAUUAUAUCAAUAUAUCUUUUACUCGUGCAAAUUGAUAACACGUUGACAAUAUAUACAAAUUAUUAUUAAUUUUUUUUUUUUUUUUUCAUUCAUUUAGAUAAUAAUGCGUGAUUUAUUAAUUUUCAUUUUAUCGUCAAUCAAAUGCAAGAAAUAAUAAAAAGUUGUACAGCAAACAGGAUAAUAUUGACUUGUGAGAAAAACGGAUAAAAAUCAACUUUAUUCUGUAUCAGAUAUGUACAAAGAAAACUAUUAAACAAGGCAAAAAUAAGCGUAAUUAUUAAACUUUUCAGCGAAAAAUAAAUUUUCGUUUAUGAAAAUGAGUUAAUUUCAAGAAUCAAGUAUUAUUUCACGAAAAAAAUAAUCGCAUAUAUUUUCAAUAGUUGAUUAUUUUUCUUAAAUAUAAAUCUAAAAACAUGAUCAACUAAAAGCACCGUUUUUACUUCAAAAACUUACCACAUAGAAUGAGGUAAAAUGUGUUCAUGGGUACUCUCUUAUUUAUGAUUCCAUUAGCAAUAAAUGAAAAAAAAAAAAAUUGGCCACCGAA